GAAAAUCGAAGCAAACGGUUCGGAAAAACUUCCUAUGCCUUUUCCAAUUUGAGGUAUUGAGGACGUUAUGAAAACUAUGACACUGAAACUGAAUUUGCAGUUUCUGCGAAUCCUCAAGCGCCGCAUCCAAUUAACCAAUCGAAGCUUAGACUAAAGUGAAACAGUUAAAUCUGAUUAAGACGGAUUUGAACCUCGAAAAGAUAAUAAAAAAAAGUCAUUGACAAAGAUGAAACUGGUUUCGAAAUUUUAGAACAAAUAAUUAAUUAAAGAUCCGGAAUUAAUUACUGUAUCAAAUGGAAAAUAAAAAAAAUUGGAUGACGUUUAUCAAAGUUACUGAAAACUUUUUGGAUAACUACAGAUUUCCCUCAAUGCAUGUUAUAAAUUGAGAUGUGAUUUGUACUUGAAAAUAUACGUUUUUUAAUCCCACCGAAGUUUUUUUCGGAAAAUAUGAACGUUUUCGUUAACUGACGAACUUUCAUCAAUCAAUCAACAAUGAUUACGAACUGCUGUUGUCUUUAGAUGGUUCGUUUCUCUUUUAAUGCCAGAAUAUUUUUCAAAAUUCUUCUAUUAUUCAUUUCGAGGUUAAUGUUUCAGAUCAUUUUCGCAUAAAUUUAUUUCUCACAAAAAUGUGAGGCGACUCAAAUAUUUUCUCACUUUUUUUAUUUAUUUGUUUCUAAAAGAAUCACUAAUCUUUCGACGAGGAAAUAACGCAACACUAUGUAUAGUAUUAUAUAUCUCUAUGUAUUAAAUCUGUCCUUCGUUCCACCGGAUGAUUUAUAUUGAAUGCCUUCUUCUAUAAUUAACUUGAGACUGUGUCUCGCGAACAUACAUACACGUUCAAUUGUCGAAUAAAUUUUUGACAACACUUGAUGUGUCCUCAAUUUAUUUGCCCGAUUCUCUUUAUCUUCUUAGCGUUUAUCAAUAAACUAUGUAUCCAAAAAAAUAAACGAUAAUUUAGUGAAUAAUUGAAUUGGCUGGAUUUUUAUGUUUCUAAUUGAAAUUAUGGAUUUUUAUAAUUUUAGUUUUGACUAAAAUGGGAAUUAUUUGGAGUUUAUUUGGAUACGAUACAGGUAGAAUUGAUGAUCCUGAUCCCACUACGGGGCUUACUUCAAGAGAAAAAUUUCAUAUAAGAACAUCGUGGGCAAAAAUUAUGAAAAAUCCAACAGAAUCGGGAGUAGCUUUACUUUUAUUGUAUUUCAAGAAGCAUCCAUAUUCCAAAGAAUUGUUUAGUUUUAAAAAUAUACCGGACGAAGAACUACCAAAAUCCGUACAAUUUAAGGCACAUUGUAAUAGUGUUAUUCACACAGUUGCGUCAAUAAUCGAUUCAUUAGAUAGUACAGAUUUACUUGUAAUUAUUAUAGAAAGAAUCGGUACGACGCAUAAACCUAGAAAUGUAACACCUAAAUUAUUUAUGGAACUGAAAGAAACUAUGCUAGAACUUUUUUCUUCGAUUAUGAAAAAAGAAGAAAUUGAAGCUUGGGAAAAAGCAUCACAGGUUGUUUUUACCGUCAUCAUUAACGGUCUUAAUAAACAAUAAAAAUUUCUACUAAACAUUAAGUUUUUUAAUUAUAUUUUGUUAUAUAUUCAAUAAAUAAAUAAUUGAUAGAAA